AUGGCGAUUCUUGGGUUUACUAUACCGUUUCUUAUCAACAGCAUACUGGUUGGUACUACCGCCAUCAUGCUGAUUCGCAAUGAGAAUCCCCUCUUUAUCGUUGCCUUCAUCACGAUGUCUUUGUGCGUGACUCUUGUACUCAUCAAAUCGAUGUUCCAUCUGUUGCGCGAGUUGGCUGGACCACUGCAAACAGGGCCUGCCCGUCGACUUACCGCUCGCGACGUUAACAGAAAUCUGGAGGAAAUGCUCCCGAUGAGUACUCGACCACCUCUUCGCAGAGCGUCGACCUUGCCCAGCAGGCCAAUGUCCCCAAUUCCACCGGAGAGCCCACCAUCGUCACUAUUUCCACGCACUCAUCGGUCUUUGCAUCGAUGUGAUAUCUAUGCAGACAUUUGA